AUGAUGGACAAUUAUCGUUGGGUAAAUGGCCCAGCCUUCUUGCAGCAAGAAGAAAAAGCAUGGCCGAUAACCAUUAAGCUUCCUGAACCUUCUGUCGAAGAUCCAGAGGUAUCAGCCACCAACUGGAUUGGGCUCGUUUACGGCCCCGCUGAAGAAAAUAGGCUUCGCUCACUUUUGGAACGAAAUUCCAACAAUGACGUAGUGAUGCAAAUUGUUGCAUGGAUUCUUCGUUUUCUUUCCAACUCGAAAUUGAAAUUGCUGUAUCGUGACAAAUCAUGCAUUGGUGUCAAAUGCAUUAAGCACGCUGACAAUCAUUGCAUCAAAUCUGCGCAUUUGGAGAUAUAUUCCGAAGAAAUAGAGGCUUUAAAGGUCAAAAGGCCUUUAAAAUUGAGUUCAACGCUGAUAACUUUAUCGCCAUUUCUGGACGAGCAAGGAAUAUUGCGAGUAGGAGGUCGCUUGAAUUACGCUCCUCUUUCGUUCGACAUCAAGCAUCCUAAAAUCCUGCCCCAUGAUCAUCCACUCACGCGUUUAAUCGUCAUGAGAGAGCAUGAUCUACUGUUCCAUCCAUCUACAGAAAGACUGCUCAGCUCAAUAAGGUCUCAAUAUUGGAUCAUCAAAGGACGAGUAGCUAUCAAAAGGUAUCUGCACAAGUGCUUUACUUGCAAACGGCAUAGACCUACUCCCUGCAUUCCUUUAAUAGCCCCGCUUCCGCGUCAUCGCCUUGUCUCGUUCCAACGUCCUUUCACCCAUGUGGGAAUAGACUAUUUCGGCCCGUGCAACAUCACCAUUUUUUGCCGCAAGGUAAAACGUUAUGUUUUACUGAUAACGUGUCUCAACACUACGGCGGUACACUUGGAAGUUGCAGCCUCACUUGACUUGUCGUCUUUUCUGAUCGCCUUUGCUUCGUUCACCGCUCGAAGAGAUCGUCCUUCAGUCGUGUAUAGUGACAAUGGAACGCAAAUUGUUGCUGGAGACAAAGCAAUUCAACAAGGCGUCCAGCGUCUCAAAGAGCAAAAUAUCGUCGGACAAAUGGUUAAACGAGAAAUCGAACAGCAUUUCUCACCACCAUUGGCGCCACAUUUCAGAGACGUUUGGGAAAGUCUCGUAAAAUCAGCAAAGGUGGCUCUGGAAGCCAUUGUGGAAUCACGUCCGCUUAACGAAGAGCUUUAA